AUGGCCGCACCCACCGAGGCGCAGAUAGCGCACCAGGAGCUCAUCGACACGCUCGACAUCCACUCGAUCCCCAAGAGCUUCCGCAGCACCACGUGGCGGCCGAACCAGCGGCGCAACAAGAACAUCAAGACCAUCAUCGGCGACGCCACCCGCAAGGAGGCCUCGAUGGCCGCCACGCCCCAGGACGCCGACAGCGGCGCCGCCUCGCCCGCCCCGGCCGUCGAUGACAACGGCCUCUCGACCUCGGGCACGUCCACGCCCGCCGCCUCGGCCGCCGGGUCCGACGCCCAGCCCAACCUCGCCCAGGCCUCGAGGAGCCUGAGCAAGCUGGUGCUGGAGAAGAGCCUCAAGCCCGCCAACGGCAGCCUCGGCGUCGGCGGCGGCGCCACGGUGUCGGCGCCGAGUGCGACGUACACCAAUAUCGAGAGCGCACCCUCGCUGGCCCACACGAAACGGUACUGCGACAUCACGGGCCUGCCAGCGCCGUACCUAGACCCCAAGAGCAGGCUACGGUAUCACAACAAGGAAGUUUUUGGCUUCAUUCGCAGCCUGCCUCAGGGUGUGGCCGAGCAGUACUUGGAGGCCCGAGGCGCUCAUACCGUUCUCAAAUGA